CUGCGAAAUAAGAUCGUUUUUCAACACUCAUAUCAUAUUAUUGUUUGACUAAUAAAUUAUUAAUUACUAAAACAACUUUCAUUUUAAAAGCAAGUCUUUGUUUUAAUAUUUCCAUUUAUGAUUUCAUCAGUUUCGUUGACGAGAGUCAUUUUGUGAUUCACGGACCCCGUUUAUUGAUUUAGUCGUAUUUCUUUCCAUGGAAGUAAAUCAACUAUCAAGCUUGAGCAGCUAUCAAACACCUUUGCGAAAGAGCUCCUGAUGAACUUUUUCGCUUUUUCCUUUUUUAACACCUUUCUGGGUUGACCUGAAUAAGCACUAAAAUAUAUAUGAAAUCUUCAAAAAGGAAACAAGGAAGGAAUUGAUGAGAUUCAAGCAUUAAGAAGUAAAAAUAUAUAACAUAUAUAUAUAUAGCUCCUGAUACAAAAAUUGGGAGAUGUCGUCAGAAUCUUGGAUCACAUCUACUUCAUGUUCAACCUCUGUGGUUCACCUCUCAGAGACCUCCUCAAUCCCAGCAUUAGUUCAAUAUAUAGCAUUUGCUUUUCUCUCUCCAUGUCCUCAGCGAGCUCUGCUAUCCAUAGUAGAUGUCAUCUUCUUGCUUAGUCUCCUAGCAUUUGCAAUUCGUAAGCUUUAUCAAAGGUUCAUUUCCAAUGAAUACCGUGCCAAUUCCGAACUCAGCAAACCACUUAUCGGUAACAACUCAAACAGAGUUGCUCCUCCCAGAACUACUCUCUGGUUUAAACUCUCUCUGCUCGUGACUGCUCUGUUAGCUUUUUGUCACAUUGUUGUAUCCAUUCUAGCAUUCAAUAAAAGUAGUCAAUUCUCAUGGAAGGUAUUAGAUGGGUUAUUUUGGUUAGUUCAGGCGAUAUGUCACGCUGUUGCCGCAAUCUUAAUCUUGCAUGAGAAGAGAUUUCAAGCUGUUACUCACCCGAUAUCGCUUAGGAUAUAUUGGUUUGCAAACUUCAUCUUCAUUACCCUGUUUGCCAUUUCCGGUAUUAUUCGUUUUGUAUCCGAUGAUGAAAAUGAGGGAACAAGUUUGAGAUUUGAUGAUAUCGCUUCGAUAAUAUCGUUCCCGUUGGCGACAUUUCUUUUAUUUGUUGCCAAUUAUGGAUCAACUGGGAUCGUUCCCAGUAGAAUAUCCGACGAUGGAAUGGCGGUGGGAACCAAUUUAUAUGAACCGGAUGCGAAGAUAACCAAUGUAUCUGGCUAUGCUUCAGCUUCCUUAUUAUCCAAGGCCUUUUGGAUUUGGCUGAAUCCUUUGCUGAGAGAAGGCUACAAAUCAAGUAUCAAACUUGAUGAGGUGCCUUCGCUUUCACCAGAUCAUAGAGCUGAAAGAAUGGCAGAGCUUUUUGAAGCGAACUGGCCUAAACCGAACGAGAGGUCGAACCACCCUGUUCUAAUUGCAUUGGUGCGAUGCUUCUGGAGCAGAAUUGCAUUGACAGCAUUUCUUGCAGGGAUACGUUUGGUUGUGAUGUAUGUCGGGCCAGUACUUAUCAACAGUUUCAUUGAUUUCACUGCAGGGAAAAGAAACUCUACAAAUGAAGGAUACUAUCUCAUAUUGGUUCUUCUUUGUUCGAAAUUCGUUGAAGUUUUAGCGACCCAUCAAUUUAACUUCAAUACUCAGAUGAUUGGCAUGCUCAUCCGCAACACUCUCAUUACUUCACUAUACAGGAAGGGCCUGAGACUGUCCUGCUCUGCUCGGCAGACUCAUGGGGUUGGACAGAUAGUGAAUCACAUGGCUGUAGAUGCCCAACAGCUCUCUGAUAUGAUGCCCCAGGUUCAUGCUGUUUGGAUGAUGCCAUUUCAAGUGAUUAUAUCCUUGGUGCUCCUCUAUAACUACCUUGGUGCCUCAGUGCUAGCCGCGAUAGUUGGACUUUUGGGUGUUCUUUUGUUUGUUGUGUACAACACCAAAAGCAACAACUUCUACCAGUUCAAUUUGAUGAUGAAGCGCGAUUCGAGAAUGAAGGCGACCAAUGAGAUGCUUAAUUACAUGAGGGUGAUUAAGUUCCAGGCAUGGGAAGACCACUUCAAUAGAAGAAUUCUAGCUGUCCGUGACUCGGAAUUUGGGUGGCUUACCAAGUUCAUGUACUCUGUCUCUUUAAAUAUUAUUGUGAUGUGGAGCACACCGUUGCUGAUAUCAGCUGUUACAUUCGGCGUUGCGCUUUUGUUGGGCGUGCCACUUGAUGCGGGAACAGUGUUCACAACCACCACAGUCUUCAGAACCUUGCAGGAGCCAAUCAGGACCUUCCCGCAAUCUCUGAUAUCACUUUCGCAGGCCAUGAUAGCGCUUGGAAGGUUGGAUCGGUAUAUGAUGAGCAAGGAAUUGCAUGAUGAAUCAGUGGAGAGAGUGGAGGGUUGUGAUGGUAGAACUGCUGUGGAGGUUAGAGAUGGGGUGUUCAGCUGGGAUGAUGAAAGUGAAGAAGCGGUUUUGAAAAAUAUAAAUAUGAAUAUUAGUAAGGGGAAGAUAGCAACUAUAGUUGGGACUGUGGGAUCUGGAAAGUCUUCACUCCUAUGCUCUCUUCUUGGGGAGAUGCAUAAAAUAUCUGGAAAGGUAAGAGUAUGUGGAACAACUGCCUAUGUAUCUCAAACAUCAUGGAUUCAGAAUGGAACUAUCGAAGAAAACAUCCUAUUUGGCUUGCCAAUGGAUAGACAGAGAUAUAAUGAGGUUAUCAGGGUUUGUUCCUUGGAGAAGGAUUUGGAAAUGAUGGACUAUGGAGAUCAAACCGAGAUUGGAGAGCGUGGCAUCAACCUAAGUGGUGGCCAGAAACAGAGGAUACAACUCGCCAGGGCUGUGUAUCAAGAUUGUGAUAUCUACCUUCUUGAUGAUGUCUUUAGUGCUGUUGACGCUCACACUGGAUCGGAACUAUUUAAGGAAUGUGUGAAGGGAGCUCUCAAAGGCAAGACUAUUGUACUAGUAACACAUCAAGUUGACUUCUUGCAUAAUGUUGAUCUUAUUAUGGUAAUGAGAGAUGGGACGAUAGUACAAUCAGGAAAGUACAAUGAUCUUCUAGAUUCUGGCUUGGAUUUUGGAGCACUAGUAGCUGCACACGAAACCUCCAUGGAUCUCGUAGACGUUGAGCAUAAUAACCCACAAAAAGAAAGAAUAAAUUCUCCACGACCAACUAGAAAUGCAUCCUCUUCCAGCCAUGGCGAAGCCAAUGGUGAAAGCAACUCUGUGGACCAACCAAAGUCUGAGAAGGGUACUGCAAAGCUUAUUAAGGAGGAAGAGAAAGAAACUGGCAGAGUGAGCAUGAAUGUGUACAAGCAAUAUUUCACCGAGGCUUAUGGUUGGUGGGGUGUAACAGCAAUAUUGUCCCUUUCUGUUCUUUGGCAAGCUGUUCUAAUGUGCGGUGAUUAUUGGCUAGCCUAUGAAACUGGUGAUGAAAGGAAAUUCAAUCCCGCUCUGUUUAUUUCUGUGUAUGCUGCUAUUGGUGUGGUUUCAUUAGUCGUGGUAACAGCGAGAUCCUUCUCUGUUACCAUUGUGGGGCUAAAGACGGCACAAGUUUUCUUCUCCCAAAUUCUCAAUAGCAUCUUACAUGCCCCGAUGUCGUUUUUUGAUACUACUCCUUCGGGAAGAAUCCUAAGUCGGGCAUCUACAGAUCAGACCAAUGUUGAUUUCCUCCUCCCCUUUUUCUUGAGUAUUACAAUUGCCAUGUACAUCACACUGCUCAGUACCUUCUUCAUCACAAUUCAAUACGCCUGGCCAACAAUAUUCUUAAUUGUUCCUCUUGCUUGGCUCAAUAUUUGGUACAGGGGAUACUAUCUUGCAACAUCUCGUGAACUUACCCGCUUUGAUCAAAUCACAAAAGCACCUAUUAUCCAUCACUUUUCAGAAACUAUAGCUGGGGUUAUGACCAUCCGCGCUUUCAGAAAGCAGGGUAGAUUCAGGCAGGAGAACAUUAGAAGAGUAAAUGCCAAUUUGCGUAUGGAUUUCCACAACAAUUCAUCCAACGAGUGGUUGGGUUUUCGCUUGGAACUUCUUGGGAGUAUUGUCAUGUGCUUAUCAACUUUGUUUAUGAUCAUGCUACCAAGCAAUGUUAUAAAGCCAGAGAAUGUUGGUUUAUCUCUCUCCUAUGGGUUGUCCCUCAAUGCUGUGAUGUUCUGGGCUGUAUUUAUGAGUUGCUUUGUGGAAAAUAGGAUGGUCUCCGUUGAGAGGAUCAAACAGUUUACUAAUAUUCCAUCUGAAGCAGCAUGGGAGAUCAAAGAUCGUCAUGCUCCUCCAAAUUGGCCAAACCAUGGCAAUGUUGAGCUUAAAGACUUGCAGGUCAGGUAUCGUCCGAAUACACCCCUUGUUCUUAAAGGCAUUACUUUGAGCAUUCGGGGAGGAGAGAAGAUCGGCGUUGUUGGUCGAACAGGAAGUGGGAAAUCAACUUUAAUUCAAGUAUUAUUUAGGCUAGUGGAACCCACAGGAGGGAGAAUUAUCAUUGAUGGCAUUGAUAUAACCAUGCUGGGGCUUCAUGAACUAAGGUCUCGCUUCGGGAUCAUUCCUCAAGAACCAGUUCUUUUUGAAGGAACUGUGAGGAGCAACAUCGAUCCAACUGGAACACAUUCCGAUGAAGAGAUAUGGAAGAGCUUGGAACGGUGCCAACUUAAAGAUGUGGUGGCCUCGAAGCCGGAAAAGCUUGAUGCAUUAGUGAUUGAUAAUGGAGACAAUUGGAGUGUGGGACAAAGACAGCUUCUGUGUCUUGGAAGAGUAAUGCUGAAACACAGCCGCCUUUUGUUUAUGGACGAAGCUACUGCUUCGGUUGAUUCACAAACUGAUGCUGUUAUACAAAAGAUCAUCCGAGAGGACUUUGCUGCUUGCACAAUCAUCAGCAUUGCUCACCGAAUUCCUACUGUUAUGGACUGUGAUCGAGUUUUAGUAAUUGAUGCAGGACGAGCAAAAGAGUUCGAUGCACCAUCGCGGUUGCUUGAGAGGCCAUCAUUGUUUGGGGCAUUAGUUCAGGAGUAUGCCAAUCGGUCGGCUGAAUUGUAGAUCUCAACCAAUAUGAUGUUCGGUUCGGUUUGAUUUUGGUAGGCAAAAUUUGCUGCUGAUUGAGAGGCAAAAUUUUCAACCUUCCUGAAAAUCAUUGCCAAGAUUGGUUAUGGUAUAACACUCCAUGUUAUGGAGACGAAAAUAAUCUUCUCAAUUUUCCGACAAGAAAGGGAAUAAUUCUCUCGAGUUUGAAGUACUUUGUAUAAAACAUUUUUACAAAGUCGGGCUACCUGAACUAAUUUCUACUCUGUGACCUAAGAAAAAAAACCACUCAUAUCAUCGAUGGUAGUGUUAGUGUAACACAAAAUUAUGAGAUCCUUUUCCUAAUAUUAGUUACACUUUAGAAUUGAUUUUCUUCUCCUUUUUGAUUUCAUAAUUAUGUCUGCAAUAAAAAGUGUAACAUAUUUUUGUACUUCUUUUUGUUUAUGUUACUAAAAAUAAUGUUUACUUGAAUUGAAUUAUUAUUAUUUA